UCCGCCAUCAAAUACUCCCGCCGCGCGCGCGCGCACUCGCCCUCGGAACCUACCAUUACUGCCAUCACGCGCCGCGCUCACGCACGCUCCGGCCGAUCGAGCGAGCCUAUCCCACACCCACCAUGGCGAGAGCCUUCCGCGCUGCGUCCCCGCUGCCCCUGCCGAGCUCGAGGAGCGCGGCCGCGGCGGCGACGAGCGGCGGCGGGAGAGGGAACUUCCCGUGGCUGACGAAGAAGCAGGGCUCGUCGUCGUCGAGCAAGCCAUCGCCGAGCGGCGGCGGCCAGGAGAGCAAGGGCGACGAGCACGAGGGGGCGAGCGCCGCCGGGUCCGUCGAGCAGUCUCCCUCGCCGUCUCCGUCGCCGUCGAGGAGGCGCGCGGACGCGCUGGCGCGGCUGCGGGCGCUGUUCCUGGCGGCGAUCACGCACCGGCGGCGGCGGCGGCAGCUGGGGUCGUGCGUGACGGGCACCAUCUUCGGGCGGCGGCGCGGGCGCGUGCACGUCGCGCUGCAGACGGACCCGCGCUCGCCGCCCGUGCUGCUGGUGGAGAUGGCCGCCUACUCCACCGGCGCGCUGGUCCGGGAGAUGUCGUCGGGCCUCGUGCGCCUCGCGCUCGAGUGCGAGAAGCCGCCGCUCGCCGCCGGGGAGAAGCGGCGGGGCCUGUUGGAGGAGCCAACGUGGCGCGCGUACUGCAACGGCCGCAAGUGCGGGUUCGCGGUGCGCCGGGACUGCGGCGCGGACGAGUGGCGGGUGCUGGGCGCGGUGGAGCCGGUGUCCGUGGGCGCCGGCGUGCUCCCGGACGACGACGUCGCCGGCUCCGUCUCCGGCUCCGGCGCGGCGGAGGGCGACCUGAUGUACAUGCGGGCGAGGUUCGAGCGCGUGGUGGGCUCCAGGGACUCGGAGGCGUUCUACAUGAUGAACCCCGACGGCAGCGGCGGCCCGGAGCUCAGCAUCUACCUCCUGCGAGUGUGACCGGCGAGCCCUGUGCCUGUACGUGGCGUGGACAUGGCUUCCGUCUUUGUAUGUAGUGUAUGUACGCAUCAUGCGUGUGUCUGGUCGGGCUCCUGUGUUUCCAAGUGUGUGCCCAAGUGCAUGUACAAUAUUACUACUGAUCACUUACAUGGUAAAAAGGUUGAUCA